AUGGCACUGCCCCCGCCACUUCCGUCACGAACGCAGAAGUCCCUCCCCGACGCCGGAAGUUCCGCGGCCCUGCUUCCGCGCAGUCCUCCUCCACCCCGCCGCAGAGGCGAGGACCUGCUUCCGGCCCCGGGUGGGCGCCGGCUCGGCUCGCCGUGCGCCCCCGAGCGCUGCCCCGGGAGCUUCGUUCCCCCGGAAGCCGGCGCCGGAAGCUCGGACCGCGGCCGCGCCAGGAGACCGCUGGUCCGGGCGCUAGGCUCGUGGGGGGCCAUGAACGGAACCGCGAACCCGUUGCUGGACCGCGAGGAACACUGCCUGCGGCUCGGGGAGAGCUUCGAGAAGCGACCGCGGGCCUCUUUCCACACCAUUCGCUAUGACUUUAAGCCAGCAUCUAUAGACACUUCCUGUGAAGGAGAGCUUCAGGUUGGCAAAGGAGAUGAAGUCACAAUUACCCUGCCACAUAUCCCUGGAUCCACACCACCAAUGACUGUGUUCAAGGGGAACAAACGGCCUUAUCAGAAAGACUGUGUGCUUAUUAUUAAUCAUGACACUGGUGAAUAUGUGCUGGAAAAACUCAGUAGCAGCAUUCAGGUCAAGAAAACAAGAGCUGAGGGGAGCAGUAAAAUCCAAGCCCGAAUGGAACAGCAGCCCACUCGUCCCCCACAGCCAUCUCAGCCGCCACCACCUCCACCACCUCUGCCAUUCAGAGCUCCGACAAAGCCUCCAGUUGGACCCAAAACUUCUCCUCUGAAAGAUAACCCUUCACCUGAACCUCAGCUGGAUGACAUCAAAAGAGAGCUGAGGGCUGAAGUUGACAUUAUUGAGCAGAUGAGCAGCAGCAGUGGGAGCAGUUCCUCAGACUCUGAGAGCUCUUCGGGAAGCGAUGAUGACAGCUCCAGCAGCGAGGGUGAGGACAACGGUCCGGCGUCUCCUCCACAGCCUGCACACCAGCAGCCCUACAACAGCAGGCCGGCCGUUGCCAAUGGAACCAGCCGACCACAAGGAAGCAACCAGCUCAUGAACACCCUCAGAAAUGACUUGCAGUUGAGUGAGUCUGGCAGUGACAGUGAUGACUAGAGCCAGAUCUUUCGAAAUCAGCGUCUCGGUGCACAGAUCUGCUGCCGGACCGGGCUGCGCUCACAUGGAGCCCAUUGCCGAGAGGGACAUGCUGUGGAUCAGUGAUUGUAGCAGGAGUUCGAGGCUCUGGAGGUCUCAGAUACUCAAGUCUUUAACUUAGUGGUGAUGGGUGAUUUUCUCAUGUAAUUUUUGAACAAUCUCAUGUUGCAAAGUAGAUCUAUAGAAGAACUAACAAUUCUAUUGCUAUUUGGUUAACACUGUUAAUGAAAAAAGGACAAAUGUACCCUGGUCUAGGUUACUCAAAGGCCAUCAUCUUAACCAGGCCAGUGAUUCGCUUUUAAACCUCAGCAGCCACCAGUUUGGCCAGGUGGUCUGCACCAGUGAAAUGAAACCUGGUCUUUGAGGGGUAGGGGAGAGAGGGAGACCUCAAACUGCAGCAUUGAAGUAUUUUACAACCACUUUAAACUGUUGAGACAAAGUGGUGAGGAAGUUUUGUCUGACCCAGCUUGACGAGCCUGUGUAGAGAUGGACUGGAGGAGGGAGUCCUAGAGCGGCUGCUGGGCAGGACCCCGGAGCUCCGCGAGUUCAGCCCCCUCACUUACAAGUGAGGAAAGAGAAGCACACAGCUGGUUCGUGGCCCGUCUCCUGCCCCUGCCCCAGCUUUUCCUGCUGCUCCCGCCCUUGAAUCUCAUUAACUGGAACCGGAGAUUCUUGUUCAUGGGACUUCUAGUUGUACGUCAGAGAUUUUAUUGGAUUCCCAAAGAUGAAGUGUUGGGUGCUUCUGGCUCAAAUUUUGAUCCAAAAAGUCCCUAGAUACACGAGGCUGGCUGAGCAGAUUAAACCAGCAGCCACUGUGCUGACACAUGAGAUUCAAUUAAAUUGGGGCUUUUAGUUCCACGUAGGUCCAUACUGAGUGUUUCCCGUUCAGUGAAUUUUAGUAAGGGGAGGUAGGAGUGGGAGAGAGGUGUAGUGAAGGAACCUUUCUGAGCAAAAGAA